GGCAGUGACAGAGAUGGCUCCUAACUCAGCUGCAGUUGAACCCCCAGGUUAUGUCACGCUUGGACAAUAUUAGAAGCGGACGAACACCCUCAUCAUGCUAGCAGGGAGGACGGCCGAACCGCACCGGCCACAGGGUUGCCAUGAACGUCUGGAAUGGAUAGCGAAUGCGAGGAGAUACGAUCAUUGCUAAUGACAGUGGGUGGCACGCAGCCUGAGACAGCAUUGUGCCUUGCCAAGCAUAGCCACCAUCAUAUCUCUGCUCUACCAUGCCCAGCCCUUACGAAUAUGAAUCCAAACUCCUCAUCACCAUCAGAGGUCAAAUCGAAGCAACUCUACGGCUCUAGAGAUUGCAGUAUUCAUGUAAGGAGCCGUUCAUUGUAUAACCGUGUGACAGCUGUAUCACUAAAACAUGCCGAGCCUUUCCACCUUCGUAUAUGCUUGCAACGACGGCGUUCUGCCAGUGACACUCAACCCACUCGCCAAAGCGCAGGCAUCGAUUUCCAGGGUCACCCAAUCUAUCUUAUCUUAUACCCCUCCUAUCUCAUGGUAUUCCCCUUCAACAAGCUAAGACUAGCUCUCAGCUGCUGCUUGGCCCAGGAAUCGGCGCUGGAGGGCGCGAGAAGCAUGAGGACGUGGUGGGCUUGAUUAUGUCUUUUGUUCGGUCAGCGGAGGGGACAACGGGAGAUUUCGGCGCUUGAGGACGACGUGAUGGUAUGUCUCUACGUUACAAAGUAGGUAUCGCUGUGCGUCGGACCGCAUCUCGAAGUGUAGGAUGGCUGUGUCGAAGCUGGUUUCGACGCUGGAAACGCGUUGGCCGACUAAACAAGCGCCUUAGCACUGCUCCCAAUCCCAAGUUGGAUUUGAUCAGUUCCGAGCCUUGUGCGAUCCGCACAGCCACAUAUCUUACAAUAAAUUACCCGCGGAUGAUGAGGUGGGAUGUCGC